AUGGAGGUCCAGAUAGAUGAGAAUAGUCGGGUUCUGGAUGAUGGAGGUCUAUGUAGUCGCGGGGCCUUAGGAAGCGUUGCCGGCAGUAAAGCUGGGGGGGGGGGGGGGCCGGCCCCGCUGAGCGCGGCACCCCCCACUGACAGGGCUUCUCUCGGCCUCCCCAGGGAUAUCCUGGAGCAGGGCGGCUCCCCCGUGGACGCCGCCAUCGCCGCCCUGAUCUGCACCUGUGUCCUGAACCCUCAGAGCAUGGGGCUGGGUGGCGGGGUUAUCUUCACUGUGUAUAACGCCAGUACAGGAGAGGUGGAAGUGAUCAACGCUCGGGAAACGGUGCCCAAGGCCGGCCUCCGGAAUCUGCAGGAGCGCUGCCACCGAGACCAGCCGCUGGGAAAAGGCGUCUCCUGGAUUGGCGUCCCAGGGGAGCUGCGAGGCUACCAGUUGGCACACGGGCGCCACGGCCGCUUGCCCUGGGCCCGGCUGUUCGAGCCCACCCUCCGCCUUCUCCGGGAGGGCUUCCGCGUGCCCAGAGUCCUGAGCGCCUUCCUCAACAGCUCUCUUAGCCAGGCCAUAAACGGCUCCAGUCUCCGCCAGCUCUUCUUCAGGGGACAAAAGCCACUGGCGGAGGGGGAUCCCCUGCCGUGGCCGGCGCUGGCCCGCACCCUGCAGACGGUGGCGGAGAAGGGCGCCGACGAGCUCUACGAGGGGGCCCUCGCCGAGGAUCUCCUGGCCGACCUCGCCCGGGAAGGGAGCCAGCUGACCAAGGAGGAUCUGGCCGGCUUCCGGGCCGAAGUGGUCAAGCCCCUGGCCCUGAACCUAGGGGACUACACUCUGUACUCCCCCCCACCCCCUGCAGGGGGCGCCAUCCUCAGCUUUAUCCUGAAUGUGCUCAAAGGCUUUCGGUUCUCCCAGGAUGCCCUGGCCCAGCUCGAGGGGAAGGUCAGCACCUACCACCGGAUAGUGGAGACCCUGAAGUUUGCUAACGGGCUCAGGUGGAAGCUGCGGGACCCUCGGAGCUACCCAGAAGCCCCGGACGUUUACAAGGAGCUGCUGACGGAGGAGCUGGCCCGGGAGGUCCGGGAGCGCAUCGGCCCCCGGAGCAACCCCGCCCCCAGCUACUAUAACGUCAGCCUGCGGGGCGGGGCGGAGGCGGGCACCUCGCACGUGGCGGUCCUGGGCGCGGACGGCAGCGCCGUGUCUGUCACCAGCACCAUCAACAUCCCGUUUGGCUCCAUGGUGUAUUCCCCAAAGACUGGGCUCAUUCUCAACAACCAACUACUGGACUUCUGCUGGAGGGAGACUCCAGGCUCCAGUAAGCUGCUGGAUCCAGUUCCAGGGGAAAGGCCCCCCUCUUCCAUGGUACCAUCCAUCCUAAUCUCCAAAGAUCAGAAGUCUCUGCUGGUGAUCGGAGGCUCCGGAGGGCAACUGAUCAUUCCAGCCACUGCCUUGGCCAUCAUGAACAACCUGUGGUUUGGUCUGAACCUUCGUGACGCCAUCAAGGCAAAGAUUCUCCACGUGCGGCCCACAACCAAGGUUCUCUUCGAGCCAGGAUUCGACGAGGAGAUCGAGAACGGGCUCAUUAGCCUUGGACACGAGGUGGAAGAAGUCAGCAUCUGGCUGAAUGUGGUCCAGGCCGUGGCCAAGGACGGGUCGGGCUGCAUUCACGCCGAAUCCGACCCAAGGAAGCUGGGGGAGGCAGCUGGCUACUGAGCCAGGCCUGGACCCCGUCUGUGGCCACCUGCCAGCAAGAGCCCAUCCCAGAGACCCGGCCCCGCGGCCUCCGGGGAUCGCGGCUCUGCCUUGCGUCUGCCGUCUCCCCAGAUCAGGAGCCGUCGGAUCCCGGCCAUGGCGGGGCUCCCCAAGAGCAGUGACGGCUGAGGGGCCAGAGCCUCCCCUUCCCGCUCCCACCCCGGCCCCCGGCUGACAUUUAUUGCCACUCAGUUGUUCCGAGUUUAAGGAAAGAGGAGAACGAUAGAGGGGUGAGGAGCGCCAUCCGGGCCUGCUCGGGAGCAGCCGGGACCUUCCCGAGAUGGACAGUGAGGUCCGAGCUCUGGCUUCCGCCUGACCUGGAGAGAACCGGCCUGGGCUGACCGUGAGGGGCUUCUCCUCAGGCGGCUGACACUCAGGGAUCGGCCAGGAAGGCCCCGGAUCUGUCCCUGAAGGCCCCGGAUCUGUCCCCAAAGUCCCCGGAUCUGUCCACGGAGGCCAUUCCAGGCGCCCAAUCUGUGGGAGAUUUCCCUUCUAGCCAAUCAGCCAUCAACAUGGAUUAAAUACCUCCUCCAUCA